AUGGAGGGAGAGAAAAGAAAACGUGGAAACACUCCACAAGAGAUUAUAGACGAAAUCUUGAUAAAGCUUCCAGUGAAGUCGCUGGUGAGAUUCAAAGCCGUAUCAAGAGAAUGGAGAGGAACAAUGGAGUCAAAGUACUUCAUAGAGAAACACAAUCAAUAUCAGAAAUCUCUACAGUUAAGGCAAGUGAGAAUACUCAUAUUCUCAGAAGAAAAAAGAUACAAUGGUCUUUCUCUAGAGACUAUGUUAGUUUCUGCCAGUGGACUCGUCUUACAUGUUCCUCCAUGUCUUUUACCCAUUAGGUCUUUUAACCGGUUUGAUUUUUACAAAAUCACUAUGCCUUGUGAUGGUUUGAUUUGUAUCUAUACACAUACUCGUAUAUUUAACCUUUUCAAUCCUGCCACCACUAUCCGACGUAGACUUCCUUAUCCCACUUCUGAUAUUUGUGACGGUGGGCAUAGGGUAUAUACUUUGCUAGGGAUAGGAAGAGAGAAGAGUGUGAUAAGUCCAAGGUAUAAGCUAUUGUGGUACUACGAGCAUGAUUACAAACGUGAGAAUAAAUCUACUAGGUGCAUGGUUUUUGCUCUUGACACUAACACUUGGAGCCACAACAUGGAAAGAGCAUGUCACCGUGAAAAGGAUCUCAAGUUAUUAGCUUUUGAUCUCCACACAGAGACAUUCGAAAGCAUUUCGAUCACUCCCGAUAUCGGGUGUAGAAGCUGCCACGAAUUAAGCAUGUGCGUUCUUGACCAUCGUAUAUGCAUUUUCAAGAGAUUUGUUGAUGACAAGGACCAUGUUUUCAAGAUUUGGGGUCUAGAAGACUUACACAAGAGAUCAUGGGAAUUGAUGUAUUCCAUAGAUUUGACUUGUUUGCCGCCAGAAUUCAAAGAGUGGAGAAUCAUCCCAAUGGCAACGAUCAACAAUUAUCUCAUCAUUUCAAAUUGUAGACUUACCAUGUGGCUCCUUUACGGUUCCAAAAGCUCCAUUUUAUAUCGUGCGAUUUCUCCCUUUCACUUGUACAUGUCUUAUUUUGAGACUCUAGUCUCUGUUUAUCAAUAA